UAUUAAUAAGGAGAAAAGGGAAAAUGAUUGUCGUCCGUCCUGUAGUAAUUGACCAAUUAAUUAUGCAGAGAGUUAUGAAUAUUGAAUAUUCAAAUCAAAUCAAAUCCCCCACAUGCUUUCCUGACCAAACCACCGCAGUACUACUUGAUAAAAUAUCCAUGGCCGGCGCCGGAAAUGGAGGAUUCCUCUCCUCCGCCGGUAUCUCGCCUUUAUUUCGCCACCGAGACACAUCUACAACCGUCCAACUACUUAGGCCAUUAAGAAGAAGAUUCUCUGUUUUUGCAUCCACAGAAAAACAGCAUCGACAGAAGUCGGCAAAGGACGGACGGCUGACUUUGAAAGAUUACUUUGAGCAGAGCGUUGAGUUGAUUACUAGAUCGGACGGCGGACCGCCGCGGUGGUUUACACCUUUGGACUGCGGUUCCCGCUUACAAGACUCUCCUCUAUUGUUCUAUUUACCUGGGGUUGAUGGAGUUGGAACUGGACUUGUGUUGCACCAUGAAAGACUUGGCAAGAUUUUUGACAUAUGGUGCUUCCACAUUCCCCUCUCAGACAGAACAUCAUUUACAGACCUGGUGAAGCUGGUUGAAAGCGCAGUUAGGUUAGAGUAUUCACGUACCCCUAAUAGACCCAUAUAUCUUGUUGCUGAAUCUUUUGGGGGAUGCCUCGCUCUUGCUGUUGCUGCUCGCAACCCACAUAUCGAUCUUAUACUCAUCUUGGCUAAUCCAGCUACUUCUUUCAGCAGAUCUCUGCUUCAACCAGAAACUCUAUUACCAUUUUCAACAAUGAUGCCCGACCAAUUCAGCUCCAGCUUACCUUAUUUGCUGUCUUUACUCACAGGUUCUCCUUUAAAGAUGGUGACAACAGCCAUUGGGAAACGUUUUCCUCUGGAACAACUGUUUGGGAAGCUAUUUCAUGAUACUAUUGCAGUCUCAUCGUACCUUUCUGUACUGUCUGAUGCAUUGACAGCUGAAACGCUUCGAUGGAAGCUGGAUAUGCUGAAAUCAGCUGCUGCAUUUGCCAAUUCACGACUUCAUGCUGUGAAAGCUCAAACACUGAUACUUGCUAGCGGACAGGAUCAGUUACUGCCUAGUCGGGAGGAAGCAGAAAGAUUACGUCAAGUGUUGCCUAAAUGUGAGAUCCGCGUAUUCGAUGACAGUGGUCAUGCCCUCUUCUUGGACGAAGAUGUCCGUCUGGUAUCAAUCCUGAAUGGUGCCAGUUUUUACCGACGUGGAAGACGCCAUGACUAUGUCUUAGAUUACUUACCACCAUCCCCUUCUGAAUUUCAAAAAGUCUAUCAACCACAAAGAUGGGUAGAGGCAGCCACUGACCCUGUGAUGCUAUCAACUCUGGAAAACGGAAACAUUGUGAGAGGUCUUGCUGGGAUUCCGUCACAAGGACCGGUGCUAUAUGUAGGUUACCAUAUGAUGCUUGGGCUUGAAUUAGGCCCUCUCGUGACACGUUUUUGGAAAGAAAGGAAUAUUCUUUUGCGAGGAAUAGCACACCCGAUGAUGUUUACCAAGUUGAGGGAAGGCAAAUUACCUCCUUUAUCAAGUUUUGAUUCAAUGAGGAUCAUGGGAGCUGUUCCUGUUUCAGCACCUAAUUUCUAUAGACUUUUCUCUUCUAAAUCCCAUGUUCUACUUUAUCCUGGAGGAAUGCGCGAGGCUCUUCAUCGCAAGGGUGAGGAAUACAAAUUAUUCUGGCCAGAACAAUCAGAGUUUGUUAGGAUGGCAGCUAAAUUUGGAGCCACAAUCAUACCAUUUGGUUCUGUUGGAGAAGAUGAUAUUAGCGAGUUACUCCUUGAUUACAAUGACCUAAUGAACAUUCCAUAUUUCAAGAACUCCAUAGAAGAGCUAACAGAUGAGGCAGUGAAGCUGAGAGGCGGCACUGUGGGAGAGGUUUCAAACCAAGAUGUUCAUCUUCCAAUCCUUGUACCCAAAGUUCCAGGCCGUUUUUAUUACUUAUUUGGAAAGCCGAUUGAAACAAUAGGAAGGAAGGAAGAGCUGAAAAGCAGAGAAAAGGCUGAUGAAUUGUAUAGACAAGUGAAAGGUGAGGUUGAGAAAUGUCUUGAUUAUCUAAGGGAGAAAAGAGAGAAUGACCCUUAUAGGAAUAUGUUUGCUCGUUUAACUUACAAAGCAACCCAUGGAUUCGAUGCUGAGGUACCUACAUUCGACUUCACCAAAUCUCCCUAAUUUCUGUUCGAACACACUGCCUGCCUGCCUGGGAAGUCAUUCAAUUCAAAUUUAAGCAUUUGUAGAUGUAAAUAAUAUUAUAAAACCAAAAUAGAUUUAACAAUUCUUUAUGUGUAUGUGUACACUAUGUUAUAAAUCAAUGAUGAUAUAGGCUGGAGAAUAGAUAUCAACUGAUCUUUAUGUUGAUUGAUUCCCUAAAAAAGAGAUUUCCCGGUGAAUGAAUAAAUUUCGUUUCAUUUCA